GCAGCAUCCCUGUAGACAAAACAAGCGCACCCGGCUACAGACUUGAGGCAUUGCGGAAGUAGCUUUUCUAAAUAUUUCCUAAACGUCGCAGCUCAGCGGAGGACAGAACUGUGCUCUGGGAGAGAGGACGAUGCUGCAGGGGCCGUGCGUAGACAGUAGUGGCCCUAGGUUCACUCCUUUGGUGGUACUGGAGCUAGCCUCAGACACUAAGGAGGAAGCCAUUGCAUGGCUACUGGGGAGAAUAAGAGACAACCAACAGAAUGGAGGUGCUGAGCUGCUGGUGGAGCAGCUGAGCCCUGGAGUCGAGGCUCAGGAGAAGGAAAACCCCAACAUGUUCUUGGUGGGGGCUACACAGCAGAGGCUGCUCUCUGGUGCUGAGGAUGUAGGCCUCUUCAAGGAGUUCAAGGAUGGAUCCAUGAGAGGCUUUACCUAUGCCAACAAACACAACUUCAAAGACUUCGAAGGGGACGGGGACUCCUUCCUCAGCAUGGCUGAGUGUCAGUACAUUAUUAAACAUGAGCUAGACACAUUACGGGCCAAAGAUGAGACUCAUGUACCAGGACACCCCCAGGCCAAGCUCUACCCUGGGAAAUCUAUCAUUCGCAGACUGCAGUCCAAGGGGAUUCUGAUCCAAGUUUUUCCUCUCCACGACAAGGAGGAACUGAAGAGGCUGUCUUUUUCUUGGUACAAAAAGGUGAAGUUGGCCUAUCAGCCUCUUGAUGACAUCAGACACUACUAUGGUGAGGGUCAGGCCCUCUACUUUGGCUUCCUGGAGUACUUUACCUUUGCCCUGGUGCCUAUGGCUCUCAUUGGAGUGCCUUACUAUCUGUUUGACUGGGAGGACUACGACAAAUAUGUCAUCUUUGCUGGGUUCAACUUGGUCUGGUGCACUGUUAUCUUGGAGUUUUGGAAGCGUUGCAGUGCCUCACUAGCCUACCGCUGGGGCACACUGAGCAGGAAAAAGGCCUUUGAAGAACCUCGGCCAGGUUUCCAUGGCGUCCUCGGGUUCAACCCUGUAACUGGCCGUGAGGAGCCUCUCUACCCCAAUGUCAAAAGGCAACUGCGUAUCUACCUUGUGUCCCUGCCCUUUGUCCUGUUCUGCCUUUACCUGUCCCUCACCAUCAUGAUGAUCUACUUUCUAAUGGAGGGGUGGGCGCUGUCAGUCCAUGAUGAGGACCCCACAUUCUGGACAGGAAUACUGUUGUACAUCCCCAGUAUUAUCUAUGCUGUGGUCAUAGAGAUUAUGAACCUCAUCUAUAGAUAUGCUGCCGAGUUCCUCACCGAGUGGGAAAAUCACAGGCUAGAGUCAUCAUAUCAGAAUCACUUGGUCCUCAAAGUAUUAGUAUUCAACUUCUUCAACUGUUUCGCCUCACUGUUCUACAUCGCCUUUGUCAUGCAGGACAUGGCGCUACUCAGACAGAGUCUGGCCACACUAUUGAUCACUAGUCAGAUCUUGAAUCAGUUUAUGGAGGCCUUCCUGCCCUACUGGCUCCAGAGGAGACGCAACAAGAAGAUGAUCCGCAAAGUCCAGAAUGGAAGAACUCUGGAUGACAAAGAGCUUCCUCUGGUUGAGCAGGUCCGGCUGGAGGCCGACAUGAGCACAUACUUGGGUACCUUUGAUGACUACCUGGAGCUCUUCCUGCUUUUUGGUUACGUCAGUCUCUUCUCCUGUGUCUACCCUCUGGCUGCUGUCCUGGUGGUGCUGAACAAUAUCACCGAGGUUUACUCUGAUGCCUUUAAGAUGUGUCGUGUGUUCAAACGACCCUUCUCGGACCCGGCAGCAAACAUAGGAGUCUGGCAGCUUGCCUUUGAGGCCAUGAGCGUGAUAGCUGUUGUGACCAACUGUUCGCUGAUAGGCAUGUCUCCACAAGUCAAAGCAUACUUCUCCAACUCAGAGACACAACUCAUACUGUGGACUGUAGCUAUUGAGCAUGGGCUGCUGGCCUUCAAGUUCAUCCUGACCUUCCUCAUCCCAGAUGUUCCCAAACACAUCCAGAUCAAUCUGGCCCGCCUGGAGUUUGAAUCACUGGAAGCCCUCAAGAAAAAGAAAAUGCUUGAAGCCUCGGAGCUCGUUAAGAACACCCAGUGAAGAGGAGAGGCGGACCUACAGGCAAUGAUGGACCGCCAGCAGCCGCUUCACACUGUUGUUUAUGCAAACACGUAUUCACAUGUAUGUAUUCAGACCAAACCACUUGGGACUUUUUGUGGCUGACCUUUACACAGGGGUGUGCUGCUCACCUGCAAUAUCUUCUCAGCAUUACUAAAUGGGCUGUUAACAGUGGUUUACUACUAUUUCAGAUACACAGCUGUGUACCAGCCAAUCACGCUGGUCUCUACAGAUGUACUGUAAUGAGGUUUUAUGUUGGGGUGGUGGGUACAUGAGAUAAAUGGUGUUUUAAAAAGAUGUUAAAAUCACAAAGAAUGCUGUAUUAUGACGUACUAUACUGUAGCAAAUACUGGUGGUUUUAUAUCCUCAAUAGUUGAUAAAAGUACAUCUUUUCUGUUAUGUACUGUAUGUGUUCUGUUCUCCAGCCUUUGAAGUUAAUUUGAAUUGAGUUUAAUCAGUACUGUGGUUUGGGAUUAUGCAAAUGUUAAAGUUUGUCGACCAACAAUUAUGAUCAGUAACUGUAAGCCUACAGGGUGAUGGUGUAUACACAGUAAACCAAAGCCUCCAUCUAAAUGGAUGACUGAUGCUGACUGUAUUUCGCUAUUAAAGCUGCUUGUGAUUAGAAAUCAUUUUGAGUUCUACACUCCAAGUAACUGAAUACCUAAUUGUGAAAAGUGGUAUGAAAUAUUGGACUUUGAAGCCAACUAUCUGCAUUUAUGUGUCUGAAUUCCACUCUUCAAAAUUUUCAUGAGGUAAUUUAAGCAGCGCAAAAUUCAAUUAUCCAAUGGAAAUAAAAAGCUAUAUUCAUGUCACUAAGACUUUGUUGUUCAUUUUCUAGUAUAUACAUUUCAUUCCAUUUUUUUUAAAUAAUUACUAAAAUCAAAGUUCAAGAUUAAAAAUUUGAACUUUAACACUGGGGCUACCGAGAAAAUGCUAUCAAGCAUGAAACUGUCCUAUCAGGUUACAGUCUGUUAAUCAUGUAAUUCAGAAAGAUGUUGGACAGCUGAGUUUUUUAUCUGGAUUUUAGCCAAGUGCUUGACAUAGCAAAACUUGAAAUUUCCUUUUGGGAAUUAAAAGCACAUAAAUUCAGAUACAAUGUUUAUCAAAAUAAAAUGUUUAACACCAUAAAUGCGGUAUUUGAUUUUAACAUUAAUCACAAUUAGGUAUUCAGUGGCUUAUAAGACUUAAGAAAAAAGGAGUGUCUGUUUUGUUUGUUUUAGACAAGAGUUAAUGACAAAUGUUGAGCAUGUGAUGUGACCGGAGUGUAAUUAGUCAGUAAUAAUAUCAGUCUGUUUCUUCCAGUGUACAUGAAUAUGACUUAAGUCAACCAUCCCUGGUGCCUUGAUCUGUAAAAAAAAAAGCCUAUCUGAAUAUGCUUUACACACAGUCCUCUGGUAUUUACAAGACCUAAUGUAUUCAGAUUGUUGUGAAGAAUAAAGAACAUUGAAACCUUA